UAAUGAUUAGCUGAAUCCUCAGAAGCUACUUGGAUUUGAUCUGGAAACCAUCUGCUUCAGUACUGUUCUCUCCUCCAGGGCUGCAGGAGCUCUGGAAUUACUUCCCAAGAGGGAAGUAGACCAAGCUACCUCCAGAGAGAGUUCCAGAAGAGGCUUGGCAGAGCUGACCAUGCAUUGGCUGGGGAAAAUUCCAAGACACUGUACCCUCUGGGGUACUGAGAUGUUCAACCGUACAUUCCAUAUUAAUAUCAAGAAACCAUUGCCCAUACAGUGGGGCCGCCAGGAAAUACCUGCCAAGUUCAACUUCGCUAAUGAUGUGAUAGAUCACUGGGCCAACAUGGAAAAGGCUGGCAAGAGGCCACCACGCCCAGCCCUAUGGUGGAUGAAUGGCAGUGGGGAAGAAAUAAAGUGGAAUUUCAGAGAACUGAGUAAAAUCAGCCAACAGGCAGCUAACGUCCUCUCGGGAGCCUGUGGCCUGCAGCGUGGGGACCGUGUGGCAGUGCUACUUGGCCAAGUUCCAGAGUGGUGGCUGGUGACCCUGGGAUGCAUACGGACUGGCCUUGUUUUCAUGCCUGGAACCAUCCAAAUGAAAUCUACAGACAUACUCUACAGGCUGCAGUCAUCCAAGGCCAGGGCCAUUGUGGCUGGGGAUGAAGUGGCUCAGGAAGUGGACACUGUGGCCCCUGACUGCUCUUUUCUGAAAACCAAGUUGCUGGUGUCUGAAAACAGGCGAGAAGGAUGGCUAAACUUCAAGACAUUGCUAAAGGAUGUAUCUACCACUCAUCACUGUGUGGAGACUGGAAGCCAUGAACCAGCUGCCAUCUACUUCACUAGUGGGACCAGUGGCCCUCCCAAGAUGGCAGAGCACUCCCAUUCCAGCCUGGGCCUCAAGGCCAAAAUGGAUGCUGGUACCUGGACAGGUCUGAAUGUCUCUGACACAGUAUGGACCAUCUCAGACACAGGUUGGAUACUGAACAUUUUAGCCUCGUUUCUGGAGCCUUGGACAUUGGGAGCAUGCAUAUUUGUCUAUCUUUUGCCAAAGUUUGAACCACAGACUGUUCUAAAGGUGCUGUCCAGCUAUCCCAUCAACAGCCUGGUGGGUGCCCCCCUCAUUUACCGGAUAUUGCUACAACAGGAUCUUUCCAGUUACAAGUUUCCACAUCUGCACAGCUGUUUCACUGGAGGAGAGAGCCUUCUCCAAGAGACUCUGGAGAACUGGAAAGCCAAGACAGGACUGUACAUCCGAGAAUUCUACGGCCAGACAGAAACAGGACUCACCUGCAGAGUUUCCAGGACGAUGACUGUCAAACCAGGAUCCCUGGGAACAGCUAUCCCCCAUUAUGAUGUACAGGUAAUAGAUGAGCAGGGAAAUGUCCUGCCCCCUGGAAAGGAAGGAGACAUAGCCAUCAGGGUGAAGCCCUUCCGGCCUGUAGGCAUCUUCUCUGGAUAUGUGGACAAUCCCAAGAAGACAGAGGCCAAUAUUCGAGGAGACUUUUGGCUUCUGGGAGACCGGGGAAUCAAGGAUCCAGAAGGGUAUUUCCAUUUCAUGGGGAGGACAGAUGAUAUCAUUAAUUCCAGUGGGUACCGGAUUGGUCCAUCAGAGGUAGAGAAUGCAUUGAUGGAGCACCCUGCUGUGGCUGAGACAGCUGUGAUCAGCAGCCCAGACCCAACCAGAGGAGAGGUGGUAAAGGCAUUUGUGGUUCUUGCCCCUGAGUUCCUGUCCCAUGACCCAGAACAACUCACCAAGUUGUUGCAGCAGCAUGUGAAGUCAGUGACGGCGCCCUACAAGUACCCCAGGAAGGUGGAGUUUGUUUUAGACCUGCCCAAGACCAUCACAGGAAAAAUUGAGCGAGCCAAGCUCCGAGCCAAGGAAUGGAAAACAUCAGGACAAGCCCAGGUCCAGUGAGACUCCCAAGGCUCCUUGCUCUGACAUCUUGGCUGUCCUAAAGAGACAUAAGAUUACUCAUGCAGAGGCUAUGUGUGAUUUUUGUCUUUGCUUAGUUAUUAACACAGAACAAUGACCUCUUGGGUGUU